CACGCUUUCGCACGCUUUCGCACGACUUCCUUACACCCCCCUGCAGCCGAAUUCACCAUGGGAGCAGGUAUACCACUAGACGCUGGUGCGUUGAUGUCGACAGUGCUGGAAGGCAUUUUGUAUGGCUUCUCGGUGCUCAUGUUCGUGGGUACCAUCUGGUCUUUGACCUACAAACGACACAUGCAGGACAUGAAUCGCCCAAUUGCUGUCGUGGCAGUUCUGCUGCUGAUACUGAGUACCGCGGUUAGCAUCUCCCCUCUUUACUUACGCCCCGAGCUAUUUCCUGACGAGUCUCCGAAGCACAUGGUAGUGAAUAUAAUUCGUGCCGAAGACGGACUGGUGAGGGAUCGCAACAUCCUAGGCGGACCAUCGGCAUACUUUGCAGACGUUUCUCAACAAACAUAUGUGAUUAAACACUCGAUUUAUGUCUUGCAGACUCUCCUUGCCGACGGGGUGGUGAUUUAUCGCUGCUAUGUCGUUUGGCAAUCCGUCUGGAUCGUCGUCCUGCCGAUCAUGCUGUGGUGCAGCGUUGCAGUGACGGGCGUCAUUGCGCUCUACAGUGUCUCGCAAGCCGGCACUGGCUCCGGGAUCUUCCUCCAUGCGCUUGCGCAGUGGGUCACGGCGUUCUUCGCAUCGACAAUCGCGACUAAUCUGUUGAGCUCAGGAUUACUGGCAUAUCGCAUCUGGACAAUCCAACGCAGCAUCUCUGGCGUACAUACUACCGCGAGAAGCACCGUGAUGCCAAUAGUGCGCGUGCUCGUGGACGCCGCUAUUCUGUACUCCGCGGCGCUCCUUACAGCACUGAUACUCUUCGUCCGAGGAAACAACGGACAGGACGCUGUCGUAGACUUGGCCAUGCCCAUCAUGUCGAUCGCGUUUUACAUGGUGCUCAUACGCAUCGCGCUGAACAAAAAAGACCGCACUUUCGUCUCGACGACGAGUCUUAGUAUUCCGCGACGGACGGCGAGCGAGGUGGAACAGGAGCGCUCAAGACAGCUGUACGCUAUGAAGCCUUUGCAGGUCCAUGUGGCGCAGUUCACGCAUGAAGACCGAACGUCGACGGGUACGCGCGACUCUGUGAAAGGGGUGUCUAUACCGCAGUCGCCUGGCAGCGUGUAAUCGGUCGACGUGAA